AUGGUCAAGAUCUCCAUCCUCUCCUACCGGGGCAACGCCAACUCCCGCUACUUUCCGCACUCAGGCUACCUCGGCCUCACUCCAGUAAAAAUUGAAGGCGUCGUCCGCACAGCACUCGAAGAGGACCGCAAACCCCUCCACGCCAGCAGCGUCGUUGCCUCCGUCCGAUGCAUCGAGGCCCGUCUCGGCCGCGUCGGCGUUGUCCAUUCCAACGUCCUCGUCGAGUACACUCAGACACUCUGGAAUAAGCCCGACAGCGUCGAAUGGGCAGACCUUGGUGACGGCGAAUUCCCCUUCAAGAUCGUCAUUCCCGCAAAGUCCCCGGGCUUCACCUGUGCUAAUUUUCAAGACUACCGGGUGUUCUGGCGAAUUGAAGCAGUUAUCAAUCAUGCUCCCACUUUUGGCGUCGGUACCCGCAAGCUCAAAAUGUAUGAAAUCCCCCUUGUAAGAUACGAUACACAAGUCCUGCGAACCGAUCCGCUUCCUUCGCCUGCGCGUAUCCUCGCCACCCGUAAACCCCGAGCACCUGUCAUCCAAUACCAGCUCUUGCAACCGACCACUCCCGUCGGCCCACUCGACAUUGUCACUGUUGGCUUAUCCCUCCGCCCGGUUGAUCCGUCUGUAGUAGUACGCAGUGCUUCUAUGGUCAUUGAGCGGCGCAUUGAUCUCUGCGAG